AUGCUGGACAGUUGGAACGCGAGCGUGAAGACACCCGAAAAAGUGUUGUUCCUUAAGUACGAGGACAUGAAGGCUGACGACCCCUUCAGGACUUUGAAGAAGAUCGCAAGCUUCACAGGAGUCCCUUUUUCCGAGGAAGAAGAGAGGGACAGAGCCGUCGAAGAGAUCGCAAACUUGUGUAGUCUGAGUAACAUGAAGAAGUUAGAGGUGAGUAGAACAAGAAAAGGAAAGCACAUGGAUAAUAAGCAUUUCUUCAGGAAAGGCGAGGUUGGUGACUGGGUAAAUUAUUUCACUCCUUCCAUGGCGGAACGUAUGCAACGCCUCAUGGAAGAAAUUUGA